GCGGGGACUUGGGGCAGGGAAGUUCCUCUUUCUGCCGCUAUUUAAACUCCCAGGCUGGGGCCAGCCAAGUCACAGGAUAUGGACAGGAUGGAAGUGACAGAGAACUUCGCUGGCAUCACCCUGCCUGGGCACCUGCACACGCAGGAGUCCUUGCGCGCGGCCGCCACCUUCCAGUUCCGGGACACCGACGUGGUCAUCAUCACCUACCCCAAGUCUGGCACCACGUGGAUGCAGGAGAUCCUGACGCUGAUGUACAGCAAAGGGGAUGGCCAGCUGGCCAAGACCGUCCCCAACUGGGCCCGGGCGCCCUGGCUGGAGCACAUCUACUUCAAGGACAUGCUGCAGGCGGGCAGGGAGCCCCGGAUCAUCACCACCCACCUCCCCUUCCACGUCCUGGCCCCCGCCCUCAAGAAAGCCAAGGCCAAGGUGAUCUACGUGGCCAGGAACCCCAAGGACAUUGUGGUCUCCUUCUACCACUUCCACAAGAUGGCCAAGUUCCUGCCUGAGCCCAGCUCCUUUGAGGACUUCCUCAUGCAGUUCCUGGAUGGCACAGUGCAAUAUGGCUCCUGGUUCGACCACGUGGAGGGCUGGCUCAGCCAGCGCAGGGAGCUGGACCUCUUCUACAUCACCUACGAGGACCUGCACCAGGACCUGGGGCACGCCAUCGAGGAGCUGGCAGCCUUCCUGGGCUGCGCCCUGCGGCCGGAGGAGGUCAGCGCCAUCCAGCAGCACAGCAGCUUCUCGGCCAUGCAGGAGAACGCCAUGGUGAACUACACGCUCGUGUCCUGCGACAUCCUGGACCACAGCAAGGGGCAGUUCAUGCGCAAAGGGAUCGUGGGCGACUGGAGGGACCACUUCACACCCCUGCAGAAUGCCCUCUUCAACAGGGUCUACCAAGAGAAGAUGCGGCACUCCAGCCUGCGCCUCCACUGGCCGCUGGUCUGAGCAGGGCUGGGGGGCAAGGGGGAGCUGGCCACGGGCCCUGCCCAUGCUGUUACUCUAGGACUGACACUUGGCAUCUCUCAGGGCACUGCCCCAUGCUUGGCUGGUCCCUGCCAGCCGCAGGCAGCACUCUGGGCUGUGUCAAGCUCAGUCCUGGGCACGUGAGUGCUCCGGCCGAGGGAUGGAGAGUGGAUGAAGCGCGUGGGUCCCAGUGCUGGAAGCCAAGACUGCAUCUCCUCCUCUCUGCCAAAGAGCAUGGGCAUCCCCUUCCGCCCAGACUGGGGUGGCCGGAUGCAGGUGUUGCUCUCUUCCUGCCCAGCUUUUGCAACCUGCCAUUACUCAAAGCCCUACUGUGGAAGGAACUGACUGAAAGGGGAAGGAAAAACCCAGGGGGAGCAG